AUGGGCGAAGAAUGGCGCGGCUCACAGGCUGCUUCAUGUUGUCCAUUCUUGAAUCCAAAUGCUGAGCUAAAUACCAUUAUUUCGCAUAAUGCGUUAUUUUGUGAUCGGUGUCGUGACGAACAAAUAUUAGAAAAAACGAAAGGAGAGGAGAUUCUGUUUAUCAACAGUCCACCGUAUUGGAUGUCAAUGUCGAAAAAUGGAAGAUUUCGUGAUAAUGAAGGGGAUCAAUUUCAAAGGACUCAUGAAUCAAAUAGUAAUGAAUCGGUCUCAUCAAAAGAUUUCUCCCAAAGAAGGCAAGGAAUUACCGCUGUUUGUGGUUCACGUGUGCAGGAUGAGAAGUUGGAAAGUGUCGAGAAAUUGGGGAAAUGGAGAAAAGAAGAUGACAUAAUUGGUACUCCAGGGACAAGCCAUAAAGUUAGCAAAUCAAGAAAACGGGAGGCGAAAGAACCAACUAACAUUGCACUUCAUAAGUUGGCCAAACAGGGUUAUUCGAAAGAAGAAGCGUUGCAAAAGUAUAUUGAAAAGCAACGCGAAAAGGCUCAUACCAAAUCAGAGGACGACAAAGUUCAAAUUGACCGAAAAGAUAUGCCAUGGGCACCACCAUUUCCAAAAAUAUUGAGGAAAUAUCGUUCGCUUGUCCAAAGACCAAUUGAUCAUCAACGUUACGUGGCUAUUGUAGCGAACUUUCUAAAUGCUAAUCAUUCGCAGCCACGCUUUCAACAAAAUCGACAAGAAGUGCGAAUUAUGGAUGAAAAAUUGAAGGAUGAACGUAUAAAAUAUCAAGAAUUGGUUUUACAGAGCCUACGUUCUAGAAAAAAAUCAGUAUAUACUUGCAGCAAUCAACGAGCUAUCUCCUAUAUUUUGGAUCGAUUAAGAUCUCGUGCGUUAUCACUACACUGUCAGUAUGGUGCACCAAUCUAUGAGGAAGAGAUGAAGGAUUUAACAAUUGACGCAUUAACGAUUUUAACAAAAAAGGUCAUACUCUAUCGUGGUAAAAUACCGAAAAUUGCUUUACCAAACGAAAGACGUCGUUUUGUAUUUAAUCGUUUGGUGGAAGAUAUAUCGGCGCAAUAUCCACCAACGGAAAAAACAAAAUAUCCACUUGAAUCAGAUGAAUUUGCGAUGCAUUUAGCCGUCAAAUAUGGAGUACGUGUAGUAAUGUGCUCAAGUAGUGCUUUGAAAAUAUUGUGCAAUCCGUGGAUCGCUGAUUCCUCCACAUACUUGAUACCGGUUGUAGUGAAACGAAGCUUUGGUGAAAGAACAAAUCGUUUUGAAAAUGUGUGUCUUGUCAGCAAGCCAUGCAUCGAAACGUCAAUCAACGGUCCUUCAUUAUGGCGACGAUAUUUGAAAUUUUCUGUGAAAUCAGCAAUUUACGGUGAUUUGAAAAAGGAAGUGGAUGAGAAAAUGUCAGCAAAAACAGGUGGGCGACAGCGAGCUAAUCGUGCAAAACUGGAGCAAACUAAUCAAGUGAAGCAAGAAACAGAUAAUAAAAGCAAUAUGAUAAUUGCUGACGAAGUUGAUAGUAUCGAGCAGACAUCCGCAAAUCUUUCAUCAGAUGCAGUUAGAAAAGAAAUGAAUAACAAUCAAAAUAUAAAAACCAUUGCUAUACCAUCAUCCUCAUCAUCUUUUGCAGCUGCACCAGUUUGUGAUGAUAUUCUUGGUGAUAUUAUGAAUGAAAUGGGCACCAGUGAUAGUGAUAUUACAAGAGAUUAUGGAGGAGUGGACCAGAAUUCUAAUAUUUCCUCAUUUAAUGGUGCUGAUCUCAGUAAACGUUAUACAUUAUUUUCACUUGGGCAUGACGGGAUGCAAGAUGUAGAUCUAAUUAUACGAGCCAAUAAUGACGGCAUUGACGGAAUGGGGAAUGAACUGAGUAUUGUUCACAAAAUCGAGUAUGCCGCCGAAUUUGGUGCUGAGAGAAUGAAUGAUGAAGAAUGGCUACACGAUUAUUUUCGUUGCAAAUUAAAAUGUGCCUCACAGCUUGUUCGCUUAAGGAUACAUUAUUUGGAGCAGCAUCUUCUGCAGAAGGAACGUUACAAUGAAAAUAUGUUAACUGCGAAUCGACCGGAUCUGCGAAAGCUUGCUGAGGAACGAACACAGUGGUUGAAAAAGAUAGUCGUGAAAUUAGAAUCUCUUCAACCGGGAAACUAUCUGAUUCGAAAGGAAUCAAACAAAUUACAAAUUUUACUCCCGACAAAUGAAACGAAUAAUGCGUAUUUAACGGAGGAACGGUUGAAGCAGUUGCAUUUCGACGGACGUUUACCGCCGGUUGAGGAAGUUUUCUGUGGGAUUGACGAGCACUUAGUGCUUGUGUAUCAUAUUGUACAAAAACGAAUACCAGCUUCGUUUGGAGCCAAAAAAGAUGAAUUCAUACCGAGAAAUCCGAGAAAAGAACAAACUAAUAUCCUAUUUCGUGUUCUUUUAGCUUCAAAUCAAAUUUCAGAUACAGCGUUACUUGGCAGUGACCAACAAGCGUACCACCAACAGUCCAAGGAUAUUGACGAUGUAUUCGGUGACCCUAAGGAAGUAAAUGUCACAGAGGAAGGUAUGUCGUCAAAAAUUCACCGACCCAGAAGACGUGGAAAACGUAAUCGUCCGAGGGAAAAAUGUAGAGGCGGCUCGAGAACUUCCGGCGGUGGCAAAUGUUUACGAUUUGUUGAUUUUGAUGCGCCCCAAAGAAUACAAGAGCUUCAAACAUAA